UAACAGUUUAAAACCAAACAUGAUAACCAGGGCUCUCUCUGCAGUUUCUAUUGCCUCUCGUCCAGUCGUGAAAUUUCUUCGACAGAGAACUAGUAUUUUGUUUAGUAAGAAGUUUAUAGUAUACACCAAUACAGGCAUAAGUAUUACUAUGUCAGUUAGUGGAGAUUCAAUACAACAACAUUAUCAGCGGUUAAAAAGUGAUGGGGCUAGAACCUGGGAUCUCAGACGAACAAUGAAGAUGGCUUUGACUGGUCUUGCUCUUGGACCUAUUGUUCAUUACUGGUAUCUUUUCUUGGAAAAACGGUUCCCAGGGCGCUGCUUAAAAGUUCUAGUUAAGAAGAUCUUUGUGGAUCAGCUGGUGUUUUCGCCAACUUGUGUUACAGUUUUCUUGCUUACUGUUGGUGCAUGUGAAGGUCAAGGGACUGCGAAGUUGAAGAAAGAAUUUCAGGAAACAGGGGUGCGUCUCUUACUAGCAGACUUGAUCUUAUGGACACCAGCUCAGGCAGUCAAUUUUUACUUCAUUCCAGCAAAAUACAGAGUCCUAUAUGACAACAUGGUUUCGUUAACAGCCGACACGGUUUAUUCUUAUUUAAGGUUUGAGCAUCGUAAUCAAACAGAUGUAUAGCAGAUGUAUAUGGAAUGUUUAAUUGGAGCAGUUUAAAAUUUGUAAUGUGCCAUCAAGAGUUAAGCGGUGAAACAUGUCAGUGUUGUUCAGGCUUGAUUAGUUUAAUCUUGAAAAAAGUAUAUUGAAAACAUAAUGUACAAAAGGUAUAAUUUUAAAACCUUAAUACUGGUGUUUAAUUUUUAAGCAGAUCUUAAAUGAUAUAUUCUAGUAAUUCUACAUGGACUGCCAAUACCAAAAUUAGUAUCUCAGUUUUGUGAGCCACUAAUGUUAAAUUGAAUUUGCUUUUGUUUAGAUAUUUUAUCUAUCAAAAUUUAUAGAUUUUUAUUUCCAAUGUGAUUUUUAAAAAUGUAAAUUCUUUCCUUGUGAUUAUUUGAUUAUUGUUAACCUGUUACUGAUAAAGAAAUACAAGUUUUUGCUAUGCAUGGAACAAUACUCUCCAGAAAUGUAGAUUGAAAAAGCUACCUCCCUUGCAGCAUAGUUACUAUAUGUAUUUUAUUCUAUGCCUUUUAAUAGUUCAGUGUAUUGAUAUGAAACAUUUUGACUGACUUUGAGAGUUCAUUUUCUUAAAAAUAUAAACUUACUGUACUGGCAUGAACUUUGAAAGUGUGAGAAAAUAUGUUACUCAGUUUAGGUGAAUGAGUGUUUUUCUUGUCAUUUUAGAGAAAUGUUGGAUUCUGUAUGUCCAUUUUUUUUGGUGAAUUUAGAAUGUUGAAUUCUGCAGACCCACAUUUUUUGUCAGUUUGACAAAUGUUAAAUUCUGUAAAAUGUGUAUAUCUGCCUGACACUACUUUGUUGAAGUUCAACCAAGCUGUCUUUCAAAUACUAUUUGUAUCUGCAUUUUAUUUUGAAACUAAUGGUAAAUGAUCCUGACAAGUUUGUAUUGAGAUACAUUUUUAUAUUUGAAAAUUUAGUUUGUUUUAUAGAGACAUGAAUGAAAUUGUUGAUAUUUUUAAAAUGCCUCAAGUAUACAGGCCAAUUAUCUACUUCAGUCCAAAAUUAGUUUUAGAUAAGGAUAUUUUGUAUAUAGAAACCUAAGGAUUAUUUAUUUAAAAUAAAUUAAAUCUAUUCCAAUAUAUUCCUUUAUUGUCUUUUGAAUAUUUUUAUUUUCAUUUAUUCUUUGAUGUUGGGA